GAAGGAAAAAAAAAAAAAAAAGGGGGGGGGGGAAGAGACAUGCGGGAGAGAGAGCAGGAAAAAUAAGACGGGGAAAAAUCCUCCCGUGAGGGACAGGUUUUGCACCGGGGGAGAGAGCAAACGGGCUUUUUUUUUUUUUUGGCUUUUUUUUUUUUUUUCCUCCCCCCGCUCCCCGGAGAAGCAGAGAGGAUUCAGCCGCCUGGAAACCUAAUGUGAAAAAGCAGCAGCAAGGCAGCAAGGAGAGAAAAAAAAAAAGAAAGAAAAAAAAAAAGAAAAAAAAAGGGGGGGGGCUUGGAUUGGACCCCCCCGCCCCGGUGAGGGAGGAAGGACCCGCGGCGGCCGGAGGGCGAGGAGCUGCGGCGCCCGGCGAGGGAAGGGGACCCGACCUCCGCCGAGAGCCGGGGCUGGCGUGACCCCCUCGGCGCUUCAGCCCGUCGGCGCGGGGGGAGAGGCGAGGAAGAGACGUUUCCCGAUCCUCCCCGCCGAGGAUUUGGGGAGGUUUCCGCGCCUGGAGCCCGUGCCUUUGGAUCUAAAGAGGAUUAUUUUUUUUUUGGGGGGGGUGGCACUGAAGCUGGAUUUGUUCCUGUGCGUGCGGCGCGGGGGGGGACAUUUCUGUUCCCUCUAGAGGAGCCGGCGGCCCGGCCGGGGGCGCGGAGAUCCCCGCGGAUCGCUCCGCAUCGGGCCCUGCUGCCACCCCCCCGGGAAAGGUGCGCUGAGGGGAUCGGCGCGGGGCUGAGCGGGGGGGCGGGGGAGGAGAAGCAGCUGCAGCUGCCGGGGAGGAGGCCCGGCGGAGCAGCAGCAAAGUCAUCGCCAUCGGCCCCCCCUUGGCUGGCUCCGGGCUCGGCUCUCUCCAUGUCUCUGGCUCUGGGCAGCGGCCGCCACAGCAGCGAGUAAGGGGGGAGGAGGAGGAGGAAGAAGAAGAAGAAGAAGAAGAAGAAGAAGGAGGGAGCCCGGGAGAGUGCCUCCCUCCCCCCGGCAGCCCCGGCCGCCUCCCGUCCCCUCGCCCCGCGUCCCUUGCCUCCCCCUCCCCAAGAUGGGCUGUUUAGGGAACAGCAAGACGGAGGAUCAGCGCAACGAGGAGAAGGCGCAGCGGGAGGCCAACAAGAAGAUCGAGAAGCAGCUGCAGAAGGACAAGCAGGUCUAUAGGGCCACGCACCGGCUCCUCCUGCUGGGUGCUGGUGAAUCUGGUAAAAGCACAAUAGUCAAACAGAUGAGGAUCUUGCAUGUGAACGGAUUUAAUGCUGAGGAGAAGAAAAUGAAAAUUCAGGAUAUUAAAAACAAUAUUAAAGAAGCUAUAGAGACAAUAGUGACAGCAAUGGGCAAUUUGGCACCUCCAGUUGAACUAGCCAAUCCAGAGAACCAGUUUCGAAUCGACUACAUCUUAAAUUUAGCUAACCAGAUAGACUUUGAUUUCCCACCGGAGUUUUAUGAACAUACAAAAACACUUUGGCAAGACGAAGGUGUGAAAGCCUGCUAUGAGAGAUCUAAUGAAUAUCAGCUGAUUGAUUGUGCACAGUAUUUUCUAGACAAGAUUGACAUAGUCAAACAAAAUGAGUAUACACCGUCUGACCAGGAUCUUCUCAGAUGCAGAGUUUUGACAUCAGGAAUUUUUGAAACCAAGUUUCAGGUGGACAAAGUAAAUUUUCAUAUGUUUGAUGUUGGAGGGCAACGAGAUGAACGCCGAAAAUGGAUCCAGUGUUUUAAUGAUGUGACUGCUAUCAUAUUUGUGGUGGCGAGCAGUAGCUACAACAUGGUUAUACGAGAGGACAAUCAGACCAAUCGGCUUCAAGAAGCACUAAACCUCUUCAAGAGUAUCUGGAACAACAGGUGGCUACGGACCAUUUCAGUAAUUCUUUUCCUGAAUAAACAAGAUUUGCUAGCAGAGAAAGUUUUGGCAGGGAAAUCUAAAAUUGAAGACUACUUUCCAGAAUUUGCUCGCUACACUACACCAGAUGAUGCAACACCAGAGCCUGGUGAGGAUCCCAGAGUUACAAGGGCCAAGUAUUUUAUUAGAGACGAGUUUCUUAGAAUCAGCACAGCAAGUGGAGAUGGAAGGCACUAUUGCUAUCCUCACUUCACAUGUGCAGUGGAUACAGAGAACAUCCGGAGGGUUUUCAAUGACUGUCGGGACAUUAUUCAGCGCAUGCACCUUCGCCAAUACGAGUUGUUGUGAUGGAGAGCACUUUUUUCUGUGUUUUGGACUCCUUAUUCCUUAUUAAAAAAGAAAAAAAAAACACCCUUGCCCACAUAGGGUGGAAGAGAACUGUUUGAAUCUCCCAUUGAUUUGCACCCCUCAACUUUUUCUCCUUGCUGGACAAUAGCAGCACUUCUAAGCUUGCUUCUGUACCCCUCGGACAGUUUGAGAUGGCCCCUAACACUUAAAAGGCCAUUUCCAUGAGGAUUCCCUAACACUGUUAUUAACAAAAAAAGAAAAAAAAAACCCAAGGAAAUAAAAACUAAUUAAUUAAAAGCCCUGAAUGUGGAGCACCUGAAAGAAUUGGGGAUAAAAAAAAUUAAAAUGUAAAACAAAAAUUGGGGAGAGAAAACUUUAGGUAAUUUAGCACUGUUGUGGGCAUAAUCAUAUAACCCGUGAUCUCCACUUUGUAUCAUUCACUGCAUCAGACUAAAGAAGGUGCCAAGUCACAGACCAAGUUUGAAGACAGACACUUGAGUUUGGUUCUCUGACUGUAAUGUGGCUUUGAACGGAAAUACUGACAAUUCUACAACAGACCUAGACAGUGCAAAAACCAACUGCUACCUUUCAGAAGGGUAUUUUUAAAACCAGUCUUGGUGGUCUAAAGACAACCAUGGACGUUUAUGAAUUGAACUGCGUAUGGCCUGUGAUUGCAGAAAGAGUUAACCACACACUGUUUUCAGUUUGUCCACUGAUGAUCCCGUCUGCUAUAAAAAUCAUUAUCUGGACUGUAGUCCUCACAGUCUUUCCCUUCUUUUUCUUCUUCCCUCCCCUCAUUUUUUAUUUUACUGCUGGAUUAUUAUUCUUGUACAGACUGUAAAAUGUAUUAUUUUGUACAACUUUAUUGAAAAAAAAUAACUUGUAGAAGAUCUUUGUGCCUUGAUUAUGGCUGUACCUGUACAAUGAGCUAAGAUGUAAGUAUGUUUGAUUGCGCUGUACAGCUUUGUCAACCCUAUCUGCAGCAUUAGCUCAAGGUAGGGAAAAUUUAUCUGUAGUUUAGU